GCCCUUGUUUCAAAAUGUUCAACUUCCGCUUAAAGGAAAACGCAUGAAACAUUACUUAUAUUCCCCUGAAUUAUCAUACUUUUAAAGGUUCUUCAAGUUCUUAUAUUGUGCUAAAAUUGUUAACACAUGGAUGUGGAAACUUCCCCAAGAAGUGGUGGAAGUACACCAGUACAAGAUGAAGAUGGAAGAGCUACUCCUGUGAUGGAUGAGACACAGGAAGGUGGAGGUACUCCAACUCAGGAUGAGGGAGGUUGUACACCAGUACAGGAUGAGGGAGGCUGUACCCCAGUACAGGAUGAAGGAAGAUUAACUCCAGUACAAGACGAACCAUCAACAUAUGAUAUGAGAGCUUCCCCACAAGAUGCAGAAAUGGAAAGUGAUAAUGAAACAGACAGAGGUGGAGGAGGAAUUCUGGGUAAUAAUGAUGAUGAAUAUGUAAGUGAUGGUGGAGAAGUUGAACGUGAACAAGUAGAGCCUCAGUCACCAAAUAGUGGUCCAGCAUCACCUGACCAGAGUCCACCCAGAUCACCUGAUGUCAGUAUGUCUCCAGUGGGUAGUCCAAGAAGUCCGCCACGGUCUCCUGGUAGUCCUGUCAUGGAUGAAAAUGGACCCCAGUCCCCUAUAGGCAGUCCAGCAGGUAGUGGUAGUCCACGCUCUAUGAGAAGUGGAAGUGCACCUGCUUCACCAGUAGGAAGCCCAAGAUCAGUUCAUAGUGAAAGUCAAAAGUCACGUUCAAGAAGUCGCAGUAGAUCAGGCUCUCCAGUAAGAAGUAGAUCUGGGUCUCCAGUGAGAAGCAGGUCAGGUUCACCUGUCAGAAGCAGAUCUGGGUCUCCUAGAAGUAGAUCAAGAUCACCAGCUAGAAGUAGGUCAGGAUCUCCAAGAAGUAGGUCAGUAUCACCUGUAAAAAGUAGGUCAGGAUCUCCAAGGAGUAGGUCAGGAUCACCAGCAAGAAGUCGUUCGGGAUCUCCCAGAAGUAGGUCAGGAUCCCCAGUAAGAAGCAGAUCAGGAUCUCCUAGAAGUAGGUCAAGAUCGCCAGCAAGAAGCAGAUCAGGGUCUCCUAGAAGUAGGUCAAGAUCGCCAGCAAGAAGCAGAUCAGGGUCACCUGUCAGAAGUAGGUCAGGAUCACCAGCCAGGAGUAGAUCAGGAUCAAGGAAUAGGAGUAGAUCUGGGUCACCAGCAAGAAGCAGAUCAGCAUCUCCAGCGGGAAGUGGACGAGGAUCAGACAGUGAAGAUGAGGUGAAAACAAAGAAAAAGAAAGGUAGUGAUGAUGAAGAUGAAAGUGACAAAGAAUCAGAAGUUGGUGAAUUGAUUGCGAACAUUUUUGGCUCCAGUGAUGAAGAAGAAGAAUUUGAAGGUUUUGAUGAAGAUGACAUUGAGGCAGCAAAUAAAAAGAAAGAGAAGAAAAAGUCAACAGCUAUUGUAUCAGAUGAUGAAAAUGAGGAAGGAAUGGCCACAGGGCAAGACGAUGGUCAGGUUCUACCAGAAUUAUCUGAUGAUGAAAACGAAGAAGCACUUAGGAAGCAGGCAAGAGAUCAAGAAGAUUUUGUAUCAGACUUUGAUUUAAUGAUCGAAAGAAAGAAAGCAGAACAAAGGAAACAAAAAGGAAGGAAGAAAAAUGAUGGGGAUCUCAUAAAUGAUAAUGAUGAUUUAAUUGCUGACAUGAUUUGUAAAAUGAAGGAAGCUGCUGAGGGUGACAGGGAAUUGAACAGAGCAAAGAAACCUGCAAUCAAAAAGUUAAAAUAUCUUCUGUCUGUUACUUCACAGUUACGCAAGGCUGAUUUACAGGAAGCUUUUCUGGAUCAGGGAAUUCUCAAUGCAAUGACAGAAUGGUUAGCUCCCUUACCAGACAAAAGUUUACCACAUUUACAGAUCAGAGAAAACUUUCUGAAAGUUUUGCAAGAGUUUCCAAUUAUAAAUCAAGAUUCCUUAAAAAGUAGUGGUAUUGGUAAAGCUGUGAUGUAUCUAUAUAAACACCCAAGAGAGAUGAAGGAAAAUAGAGAAAGAUGUGGGAAACUUAUUAAUGAAUGGUCCCGCCCAAUUUUCAGUUUAACAGCUAAUCACAAAUCAAUGUCCAAAGAGGAAAGAGAAGAAAGAGACUAUGCUCAUUUACCAAAGAGAAGAAGAAUAAGAGCUGAACGUGAUAAAAGUGCUGAAGGAAUGACACCUAGAAGAGAUAUAGAUAAAGUAUUAGCUGGAGAAGACCAAUCUGUAAGACCUGGUGAAAAAGGUUUUGUAAUGAGAGCAAGAGUGCCCAUGCCAUCUAAUAAAGAUUAUGUUGUAAGACCUAAGUGGUCCUCAGAAUACGAAAUGGAACAACACAAGCCCAGAGGUAAGAAGGAUAUAUCCAGAUAUGAAAAACAUGUCCGUGCAUUUGCUGAUAAAAAGAAACACGGGAAAGCCCAGAGGGCAGUAGGUAUCAGUGUAGAAGGCAAAAAUAUGGCUCUGUGAUACAACCAAUGGAAGAACAUUACAGAUUGUGUAUAGAUUGUGCUGGCCAAUCAAUGGAGAGGUCUCUUCCGUAACAGUUUUUAUUGGACCAGAUAAUGGUUGAAAUGGUAAAACCAUUCACACUAUUCUGAAAUAAAUAUUUUGAGCCAACCAAUCUGUUUAAAGUCAUAUAAUCAGACCACUGUUUAAAUGAUUGGCAGAAUACUGAAGUGUAACUGAAUUGUUCGAUGUUUUUUUAGGCAUCACAUAUUAAGAAAUUUGAGGGCAUAUAUGUUUUUUUUAAAAUAAAUUUAACAUUGUAUGAUUCUAAAUACUGUGAAAAAAUAGUUGUCUUAGAAAGAACUUAUUUUUGAACAUUUUUGUUUUAAUUGAGAAAGUUAAGAAAAAAAUCAUCCGGAGAUAGUUCAUGUCCAUUGCAAAAGGAGAUGACACUCAAUUGUCAACCAAACACUUGCUUAUAGCUCCAAUGCAAGUCAAAAUCACUAUAUUUUGAAAUAAAAAGAUAUCAUUUUUGCACAGUUUAUUAUAGUAUCAUUAUCAGUAUUAUAUCCUGAUGAAAGUAAUUGAAUAGAAUACCAUAUAACUUUGAUACGAAAGUUGAUUGCAAAAUUCUUUUUCAAAUAAUCAAAGGGAGACAAUUCAAUAUCAAUUACCCAAAUUAUAAGCAUUUCAAGUUUCCUGACUUGGUAGUGCUUUAUGUAAAUGAUAAAGUUAUGUUUGUAUAUAAUCUGCUAAGAAGGAGACAAUAAAAAAAAGUCCCAUGUUCCAUUUAGAUACUUAGAAAAAGAGCCUUCAACAACUGCUUAAGUUAAAACAUUUGUUCAGAAAUUAUUUAAUGUCAUGAUUAGCAUGUAUGGAUAUGCUUCUGUUUAUCAUAUCAGAUUGGCUGGCUCUUAGCAUUGACAGUGCUUUGAAAUUUGUAAUUUUAUAAACUUGUGUAUAUGAUUGAACUUUAUGUAAAAAGAUACAUUUUUGUCAACAAUUAGUUGAGAAAAAAAUAGGAUCAGGAUUUACAAAAUGAUUUGUAAUUAUUUCUAUUGACUUGGAACUCUUUUUUUUAAAUGAUUUACAUGAUGGUUAUUGGAAGUUUUCAUUUUCAGUAAUGACUAUAGUUUGACUUCUUGUUGAGAUUUGACAAUUUCAAAAUGUUUGACCCUAACAGUAUGUCAAGUAGCGAUUAAAAUCAUUAACUUUUGAGUCUUUUGUACAAUGAGAAUUAGACUAUAUAUAUACAAAGAAACAGGUCAGAUUAUCCAGCAAUACACUAAAUAUCAAAGACUUCUGCUUUAGUGAAGACUAAGAGUGGUAUAAGUUUGUAUAAUCAAAGAAGUAUUUAUUUUAUUGCUGUACCCUUCCUUAAUAUUUAAGAUGAAGAACAGCAAUACAAUGUUGUUUUAUUGAGAUAUCAAUUAUUCCCUAAUAUUUGAUGUGAAUAUUGUUCCUUAUGCAAGAACUUUAUUAUAUUUCUUUUACAAAUUGAAGAAAAAGCAAAAUUACAUAUUUCAUAAAUGUAGGACUGUGUGGUGCGAUGGCAACACUGAAGUGGGAUGAUCCUAUGCCAGUCCUACUUCAGCAUGCUCAAAAAGGCAUGGUUCAAACAAUCACACUUCAUCAUGACCUUCUCAGUAAUGAGAAGCAUAGGGAGUCCUACAUAUAAAUUACUAGAAAAAUAAAAAAAAAUAAAAUUUAGAUCUUUCCUCUUGAAUAGUAAUAUAUCUCUUCUCAAACAGUUUUCAACAAAUUUUAGAAGAAUCAUUUUACCAUAUAUCGUCUCAAAUGAGUUUAUUAAUAUUGUGAAUAAAGUGAAUAAGAGUAGGAGUGUGAAAAACAGUGCAGUUUUCUUGUGUAAUUGAGGAUAAUGAAUGCCAAAUUUAGUAUAUAAUUUGAUAAAGUAGCCUUAAAAGCUCUACAGCUUUAAUCUUACCAGUUAUUCUGGGUGUUAUGCCAUUAGAUGACACCUGUGAAGUAGAUACAUUUUGCCUAAAAUCGGAUGUUCAAAGAGGCAUUAUCAUACCAUGUCCUUUAUGAAAAAUAUCUAAAAUAGUGUUGACUUGUAUAUUAUAAAUAUUAAGACAACGCCACAUUCAUGUCUUUAUUUGAAUGUCCAGAUCUAUAAAGGUACAGUUCAUUUGUAUUUAAUCAUUAUUUCAUUAUUUUUUUGUUUGUUUUGUAAAAGAAGAAUGAAUGAUUGGAUUUGUUGAAUGAGUAUGUACAUAAACAUUUAAAUAUU